UCAUUGAGCUGGGAGAAGUUAACCUGAACUGUCCUUCAAACUGCCAAAUUCAUAAUACCCAUUUCUUUGGAACUGACAGACAGAUAAUAAGGAGAGGGCAAGCUUUCAACUUUUAUGCUUACUUUCAAAAUCGGGAAUGGGAUGACGCCGUGGACAAGGCCAUUUUCACUGUGGAAACAGAUGACCCUGUAUAUAUGGACAAUCAGGCCCAUAGAGAAGAAUAUGUUCUGAAUGAACAUGGGAUACUGUAUGAAGGAGUUCACAAGCAUAUUACCUCUAGACCAUGGCACUUUGGACAGUUUGAAGAUGGGAUUCUGGAUAUCUGCUUGAAGAUCCUAGACAUGGGUGCAAGUUAUCAUCACGGCUCUGAUCGCGACCAUUGUUGGCGCAAUGACCCUGUACAUGUCAGCAUGGUUGUAAACCACAUGAUAAGCAGCCAUAUCACUAGCAGUGUAAUGAAGAUUCCAGAAAACAAUGAUUAUCUGAAAGGAACAAAACCAUUUUCCUGGAAUGGAAGUGUCCCCAUUCUUCAGCAGUGGUACAAUGGCAGAUGCAGGCCAGUCAGAUAUGGGUACUGUGGGUCUCUUGCUUCAGUAAUGUGCACAGUGAUGCGGUGUUUGGGAGUUCCAAGCCGUGUUGUCACAAACUUCUGUUUUCCAUGUUCAAAUGAGAAUCCCCUUGGUAUCAAUGAAAUUUUUGACUGUACUGGAAAAAACCUGUGUGGUAAAGACAAGCUGUGGCGAUACCACUGCUGGAAUGAAUCUUGGAUGGCUCGCAGAGACCUAAAACAGUGCUGUGGUGAUUGGCAGUGUCUGGAUCCAACACCUUUGGAAACAGGCAGAGGUACAGCUUGCAGUGGUCCUACUUGGGUUCGAAGCAUCAGAGAAGGGGAACUGGACUUGGACUAUGAUGGUCAUCAUAUAUUUUCUCGAGUAAAUUCGAACUAUGUUGGCUGGCUUUCACAAAACAGUGCCAAAAAAACUAAAUUUUUCUGCGAUCCUUGGCCAUGUGGACAACAUCUAAUCACCAAGCGUGCUGGCAGUGAGCAAUUCGAAGAUAUCACUGGGGCUUACAAGUAUGAACUAG